CCUCCCCCUUGGCUUUCUGCUUAUCGUUCGGUUCUUUUCUUUUCUCCCCUUUCCUUCGUCCCAUCAACUUAACUUCUCUCCCCGCCAUUCUCUGUCAAUCACGGCUAUCCAGCCUCGGGGAGGACAGUUCUGCUCAUCAUGGAUCCCAACAACAAUCGUCUCCACCUGAAUUUCGGGUACAAUGAUCGCUCCUUCAACAACCCGGCUGCCAACAAUCGCGCUUAUCCCACUACCCCCUCCGCAUUCCCUCAGCCCAUCUACCAGAACCAGGGUGGCCAGGAAUAUGUCGAUGCUCAGAACGGUGCCUAUGGCCAGGGUUAUUUCAUGGCCAACCCCUACCAAGCCCAGGGGGCCUACGCUCAGCAGCAGCAACAGCAGCAGCAGCAACAACAACAACAGCAACAACAACAACACUACGGCCAAAACCUGCAGUCCUCUCAAGCCGCAUACGGGUCCCGCAUGGGCUACAACGCCAAUGAUGGGACGAACGGCCUGAUCCAGCAGUUCUCCAACCAGGACCUGAACUCCCCGCGGUCGGGUUUCUUUGGUCGCGCAGCCUCUCCCGCUCAACGACCCCGGACCGCUGGCUCCCCCGCCGCCGCACAACAGCAACCCGGUCAUCUGGCCCCCCCCAUGCCACGCAGCCCUCGGACCCCCGCCGAGAACGAAGAGCUCCAGCGCUACCCGGAGCGAUACUCGGAAAACGUUCACAAGCGUGGUAAGGCGGCCAAGGAAUUGGUCAGUGUGUUUUUCAACGAGAACAUUGAGCGCGCGCGUGACCGCAACUUGCGGUCUGCUGAGCUCGAUAAGAUGAUUCGUGACCCUGGUGUUCCCAAGGAUACGAAGCGCAAGGAGGCGGAGGUGCUUGCGAAGAAGGAGUCGACUUUCUUGCGGUUCUUGCGUACCAAGGAGACGCCACAAAAUUUCCAGACCAUCAAGGUUAUCGGAAAGGGUGCGUUUGGAGAGGUGAAGCUGGUGCAACGGAAGACCGAUGGCAAGAUCUACGCGCUCAAGUCGUUGAUCAAGACCGAGAUGUUCAAGAAGGACCAGCUGGCCCACGUUCGUGCCGAGAGAGAUAUCCUGGCCGACUCCAAGGACAACCCGUGGCUGGUCAAGCUGCACGCUUCCUUCCAGGACUCGGCUUAUCUCUACCUGCUGAUGGAGUUCUUGCCCGGUGGUGAUUUGAUGACUAUGUUGAUCAAGUAUGAGAUUUUCUCGGAGGACAUUACUCGCUUCUACAUGGCAGAGAUUGUCAUGGCUAUCGAGGCUGUCCACAAGCUUGGUUUCCUUCAUCGUGAUAUCAAGCCUGAUAACAUUCUUUUGGAUCGUGGAGGUCACGUUAAGCUGACCGAUUUCGGUCUCUCCACCGGUGGCAAGAAGACGCACGACAACUCAUACUAUCAGAACUUACUUAAAAACUCCACGUCAAAGGACAAGAACCGCAACUCGGGAUACUUCAAUGACGCGAUCAACCUGACUGUUUCCAAUCGUGGCCAGAUCAACACGUGGAGAAAGUCUCGUCGCGCUAUGGCCUACUCGACCGUCGGUACACCCGAUUACAUUGCGCCCGAGAUUUUCAAUGGGCAGGGAUACACUUACCUGUGUGAUUGGUGGUCUGUUGGUGCUAUCAUGUUCGAGUGCUUGGUUGGCUGGCCGCCAUUCUGCGCCGAGGACACGACCGACACCUACCGUAAGAUCGUGAACUGGCGAGAAUGUCUGUACUUCCCCGAGGAGCUUGUCCUCUCGCGGGAGUCGGAGGGUUUGAUCAGAAGCUUCCUGUGCGAUACCGAACACCGUAUCGGCAGUGAAGGCGGCCAAUUCGGCGGUGCGACGCAGAUCAAGAACCACCCCUUCUUCCGUGGCGUUGUUUGGGAGCAGCUGCGCAACAUCCGGGCGCCCUUCGAGCCGCGGUUGAGCUCGAACAUCGACGUGUCUUAUUUCCCGAUCGACGAGAUUCCUCAGGAGGAUACCAGUGCCAUCCACCGCGCCCAGGCUCGGGCCAUGCCGGAAGAGCAGGAGGCGGAGAUGAGCCUGCCGUUCAUCGGCUACACGUACAAAGCGUUCAACGCCUUCCAGGCAAACUAAGUUAUAGACGUGGAUAUUGCAUGUUUGUUGGUGAACCCACGAUAGACGUCAUUGAAGAGUCCGAAAGCGGGCGGGCUUGCAUUGAUGGAUUUUCAGUGGCGCACUCGGCAUUUCGUCUCGGUAUUACCACAUUGUGCAUCCGUUUCAUCGAGCAUAUAGCGCAUUUCAUCAUCUCUGUUGGUCACGACCCAGGCAUAUCCGUUUGAUUUCAUUGCAUCCUUGUCGCGAGACGACGACUGCUCGCUGCUAGCCGUGUAUGUAGCUAGAAAUUCGAGUGACAUGUGGAUUUCCACGGCGACUUACUUAGAC